UCAUUGAUGGACAUCUGGGUCGGUUCCAAGUCUUUGCUAUUGUGAAUAGUGCCGCAAUAAACAUACGUCUGCAUGUGAAUCGGACAUAAUUCUUGCCCGACUUUGACCCACUCUAUCUCAGUGCAAUAUAAUUAUCUAUAUUUCACAUAGCUAUGCCUGAUCACACACACAGGUUCAUUCACUCAAGAAUUCUGGUCCCCAAAUUUGCUAUUCCAGUCACAUUACCAGGAAGAGAUCAAUGUAUUUGAUAUAUGGUCUUGAAAGACCAACUUUUAUUAAUGUUUUUCCCUCUGAAGGAGUGGUGAAAUUAUACUCUAUCUUCUCUGUGCUGGAAGUUCACAAGUUUUUGAUUAUUCAAAAAUCGUAAAAGGUCAAGAGGUCUUGAAGUAAGUAAAAAUAAGUUCAGGUUUACCAACAAACUCUACAGCCUUAAGUUACUUUCUGCCAAUCAAGGUUUUCUCAUCAGAAAAUGAAGUGUUUGACCUAGAAUUUGGGAAAUCUGACUAGUGCUGUACUGUCCUAAAAUUCACUCUUCUUAUGUAUAACAUAAUUUUAUUGUUUUAUUAGUUGAUGGCCUCUCAACCUUACCCAGUAAUAGCAGAAACUUUACCCUCUAAUUAGAAAAUAAUGGAUAUCUACUUUUGGCCUACUGUGGCAGAGGAAAAGGCAGUUUACCCUAGGACUGGUUUUGCAAUAAUCUUUCUAAAAACAAAGAAAAAACUACGUUAAUUUUGGAUUCUUCCCCAUAACACAUAUAUUUGAUCCAAUAGAAAAAUCAUGUCUAAAUCACUUGUCAGAUAAAUUGAUUAUCUUUUCCAGAUUACAUUACUACUUAAGGAAGAAAUAACCUGGCCAUAGUAUUUUCAUUGGCACACGCGAUCACACACAGCUCAUUUGCUUUUGGCACCCUUACAGACACUGAAAUACAAGCACAAGGAAAGCACGUUUAUAUAACACAAAUGACCAGUCAAUUACGGACACACACAAAAAAGCAGAUAUACAUGCAGAUACCCUUCAUAAGCAAACCAUGGUAGAGAGCUGUGUAGAAUCGUCUUACUGUCAGACGAUUCUACACAGUGAUAAAAUCCCAUUACUACGCAGCUUAAAGUACAAAUCACCUCACACCCCACAGCAGGAAGAAUCACACACAGGCAGAAACAACCAUACACACCCGGUCACGGAAAGACUCUCGGUCCACCCGGCAUCUCCCAUUGUCACACACACGCGCACACACCCCAAGGGCCUGGCAGGGCACACAGACGAUCCUCUGCAAAUCCGAGGUUCCGGCGGGUCCCCGCACCGGCCCCGGCUCCUGCCUCGCACCUGCCUGGACGGCCGGUCCCAACCUCUCUCCUGCCAGGGGUAGACCCCGGAACCAUUCAGAGCUCGCUCUGGCAGGCCCUGAGCGCCUAACGCCUGCGCACCAAACGUGGGCGGGCGGGCACUCCCAGAAACCUCUGGGGCGCGGCAGGCUGAGUCCACUAGCCCGCGAGAGGUGAGCCGCCCGGGCCUCCUCACGUCCUGGCCGGUCAGCCAGGCGCUGGACUACAUUUCCCAGGGGCACCGUGUCCAGAGUGCCGGACUACAUUUCCCAGAGGCACCGUGUCCGGAGCGCUGGACUACAUUUCCCAGAGGCACGGUGUCCAGAGCACUGGACUACAUUUCCCAGAGGCACCGCGUCCGGAGCGCGGCUUCAUUUCCGUUAGUUUGCGAGAUUUGGAGGCCUCGCGUGGGGAGAGGGCCGCGUCUGUGGAGGAGCUUGGCUCCGCACCUGCUGGGCUGGCGAACCCGAAAUCGGGCUUGGAACCCGGGCGCCAGAUCUUGGACCCUAACUGCAUCUCUGUCAAGAGCCCAGAGGAGAAAGAAUGGCUGUUUCAGUAGCAAUGUCCAAGCUCUGCAUUGUCCAGACUCUGUGCUUUCCUAAGAUAGGAACCCAGAAGAGGACUGAUCAUUUCUUGCAGCUCUAAAAACCAUGGCUCGGAAAUUAGUGAUGUUCAGAGAUGUUGCCAUUGACUUUUCUCAGGAAGAGUGGGAAUGUCUGGACUCCGCUCAGAGAGAUUUGUAUAGAGAUGUGAUGUUGGAGAACUACAGCAACUUGGUAUCACUAGACUUGCCUUCAAGGUGUGCAAGUAAGGACUUAUCUCCAGAAAAGAACACUUAUGAAACAGAAUUAUCCCAAUGGGAAAUGAGCGACAGACUUGAAAAGUGUGAUCUUGAAGAGUCCAAAUCCAGGGAUUAUUUGGAAGCCAAAGGCAAGAUGGAGAAGCAACAAGAAAAUCAGAAGGAGUAUUUCAGGCAAGGGAUGAUCAUAUAUGACAAAAUGUCCAUUUUCAACCAGCAUACUUACUUAUCUCAACAUUCAAGAUGUCAUUCUACUGAGAAACCCUAUAAAUGUAAGGAAUGCGGGAAAGCCUUCAGACGAGCCUCACACCUAACACAACAUCAAAGUAUUCAUACUGGUGAAAAACCCUAUGAAUGUAAGCAGUGCGGGAAGGCCUUUAGUCGUGAUUCACAACUCAGUCUUCAUCAGAGACUUCAUACUGGUGAGAAACCCUAUGCAUGUAAGGAAUGUGGGAAGGCCUUUACUCAAAGCUCGCAACUUAUUUUACAUCAUAGAAUUCAUACUGGUGAAAAACCAUAUAAAUGUGAAGAAUGUGGGAAAGCCUUUAUUCGUAGCUCACAACUUACCCGACAUCAGAAAGUUCAUACUGGUGAGAAACCUUACGAAUGUAAAGAAUGUGGGAAGGCCUUUACUCAGAAUUCACAACUUACACUACACCAGAGACUGCAUACUGGUGAAAAGCUCUAUGAAUGUAAAGAAUGUAGGAAGGUCUUUACUCAGCUCUCACAACUUAUUCUGCAUAAGAGAAUUCAUACCGGUGAGAAACCCUAUGAAUGUAAGGAAUGUGGAAAAGCUUUUAUUUGUGGCUCACAGCUUUCUCAACAUCAGAAAAUUCAUAAUGGGGAAAAACCCUAUGAAUGUAAGGAAUGUGGAAAGGCCUUUAUUCGCGGCUCACUACUUAUGCAACAUCAGAGGAUUCAUACUGGUGAAAAACCCUAUAAAUGUGAAGAAUGUGGGAAGGCGUUUAUCCGUGGCUCACAACUUACUCAGCACCAGAGAAUUCACACCAAUGAAAAGCCCUAUGAAUGUAAGGAAUGUGGAAAGAUGUUUAGUCAUGGCUCACAACUUACUCAACAUCAGAGAAUACAUACUGGUGAGAAACCCUAUCAAUGUAAGGAAUGUGGAAAGGCGUUUAAUCGUGGCUCACUCCUUACACGACACCAGAGGAUUCAUACUGGUGAGAAACCCUAUGAAUGUAAAGAAUGUGGAAAAACCUUUAGUCGUGGCUCAGAACUUACUCAACAUGAGCGAAUUCACACAGGUGAGAAACCCUAUGAAUGUAAGGAAUGUGGGAAAUCUUUUAUUCGUGGCUCACAGCUUACUCAACAUCAGAGAAUCCAUACUGGUGAGAAACCUUAUGAAUGUAAAGAAUGUAGAAUGGCCUUUACUCAGAGUUCACAUCUUUCCCAACAUCAAAGACUUCACACUGGUGAGAAACCCUAUGUGUGUAAUGAAUGUGGAAAGGCCUUUGCGCGUGGCUUACUACUUAUACAACAUCAGAGAAUUCAUACUGGUGAGAAACCGUAUCAAUGUAAGGAAUGUGGGAAAGCCUUUAUUCGUGGUUCACAGUUGACUCAACAUCAGCGAAUUCACACUGGAGAAAAACCCUAUGAAUGCAAGGAGUGUGGCAAGGCCUUUAGUCAUGGCUCUCAGCUUACUCUACAUCAGAGAAUCCAUACUGGUGAGAAGCCCUAUGAAUGCAGAGAAUGUCGAAAGGCCUUUACUCAGAGCUCACAUCUUUCUCGGCAUCAGAGAAUUCAUACUGGUGAGAAACCAUAUCAAUGUAAGGAAUGUGGGAAGGCCUUUACUCGUGGUUCACAGCUAACUCAACAUCAGAGAAUUCAUAUCAGUGAGAAAUCUUUUGAAUAUAAGGAAUGUGGGAUUGACCUUAGUCGUGACUCUCAAGUUUACAUGUGAAUUGUCUGAUUCUUUGAGAUCACUAUGAAGAGGUUCUCUGGUUGUUAUCAGCAAAGAAUUCUCACAAAUGUGAAUAUGGGCGCAUAUUUGCCUCAUAAAGCACAGCAUCAGAGAAUUUAUGUGAGAGAAAAAAUGUUAGUGUCAUUCAUAUAGAAAAACCUAUCAUUACUGGAAACCUAUUACACAUUAGCAAAUUGGAGAAUAGUUUUAAUAUAGUAAAGGUAGGAAGCCCUUUAGCCAUAUUGAAAACAAGUAUCUUUUUCAAAAUUAUUAGCUCUACUAGUUGAUCUUUUUGUUAUAUGGAUCAUGCUUAACCUCUACCUUGGUUUAAUCAUUUUAAGAUAGACCUAAGUAUAUUACCUUUAUUAUAAGAUUCUUGGAAGUAUUAAGUUAUUACAUGUAAAAGCUCUUAGAAUGGUGCCUUGAACAUAGCAUACCACAAAUAUUAGCUACCAUUUUCACUAAUGUUAUUUUAGAGAAUUUGCAUGAGAGGAGAGCACUUAUGAGUGUAAUGAAUAUUGAGAAACCUUUUAUCAACACAUACUAGAUGACUUGGGUGGAGAGCACUGUAUGCCAUAAUGAAUGUGAGAAAGCUGUCAUUUAAAUCUCAUCCAUUAGUGCUAUAAGAGGAAAUUCAUACUGUUAAAAAAAAAAAAAAAAACAACCAGUGGAUUUAAUCAGUGGAUUAUUGAGCACAGCUGUUAGAGAAUUGGGGCAAGGUGUGAAGUGAUUUAACAAAGUCUAAGAUCCAAAGUCUAAUAAAUCUACGAAAUUUUUUAAAACUUGAAUGUAUUGCUUUUGAAGUAAACAAAAUAAGAACUGAUAUUACAGACUAUUUUGCAAUGAAAAGUGAUGAGAGUUUGUGAUAGAGACUGCUUUUUUCCUACCCUAUAUCUAUUUUCUCUUUUUUAUUAACAAAAUUCUGGGCUGAAAAACUAUCUCAGCCUUUCUUGCAGGUCAACAAGAUAGAAGUGGUAUUUAUAUGAGUAGGAGAUUUAUGAAAUCCAUUUUUCCUGUCUUUUUUUUCCUGCCUACAAUGUGGACAUCUAAGCUGGAGCUCUGACACUAUCAUGGGGACUUUGAGAAUGGUAUCUGGGUGUUAUGGAUCAUGGAGCAGAAAUACAGCAGGAGUCUGCAACCCAGAUGACUUUGUGAAACAGCCAUAGUAGCUCUGGUCUGCUUGCCUCCUGUGUUUCUUUAAAUGAAAUUAAACUUCUUAUUUGCUGAUGCUAUUGUAGUUCUGUUAUUGGCAAUAAAAAUUCUUAAGGAAA